UCGGUUAUCUCUAUUUGAUCGGUUUAGAUUGUUUCGACACGCUUCAUCCCCGGAUGGAUUGUUAUCACCCCGAAGAACAACUCAAAAAUCAGUUGCUAUAUCUCACCAGUUCGAUGUUCAUGACACCUACAAUGGGAGGGGGCCAUGAUAUAUGCUGAUCUCUUGCCGUUUUGUGUAUUCUGUAUAGCUUUCGAACACACAACAUCAAACAAUCGUGGGACCGAGACGACACUCGGCACUGUUUUGAAUCGGCCGCUAGUCUGGCAGUUACCACCGUGCACGAUCGUCGUGUGCCUGUGGACGACGGAUGGUCAACUUUUCGAGCUCCGUCAGUGUGAUCUGGUUGGCUAGGGGUGGUUGCGUCCAGUACAUUAUUGUCCCUUGUGUUAUUUGUACGAUCUUGAUACGAAAGUUAUGCAUAGCUUGCCGUUUAUGCAUUUCAACACAAUUUAGCAUAAAGAUAUAGUGCAGAUCAUUAUCCCUCUAGCAAGUAAGCACGAUCCGAUCAAUAGCUGUCCACCUCUCGCGACAUCAUCCCGCAAAAAUCAGAACGAGCUGGUCACAGGGGAUUGAAAAUAAAAUACAAAACACAGCUACAAAAACAGCAUCAAACACCUCUACUACACGCAAGUUUUAGAUGGAACGGAUAGAAUGAAAUGUUGCAGCCGUACUAUUCUAGUUCUUACGCUAUUGCACGAUCACCAUUUAAAGCUGCCAAGCGCAACAAUAACGUCUCUCGAAACAAUAGAGCUCGACAAAUUGAACUAACUGAUUAAACAAACCACAUUAAACAUCAACAAAGUAUCAUCCGGUUCACCAACUUCUGGCUUCCAGCUCUCGGCAGACGAACAAAAUGGACAAUUAUGGCUUUAAAGAUAGUGAUAGUACAACAGCACCAUCACCCCUUCCACCACCAUCGACGCCACCAGUACGGCCGCCUAGAAUAUUUCGAACGAUAAGCUGCAUUGAGAACGGUUCCAUUAAGUUUCCCCGUUUGAGUAGCAGAUUCAACGCUACAUUGAAAAAGGAUACUGGAGAGCAACCGAUAGAUCCAGAAGCAGCGUUAUCGGAGACGCUUAUGAAUGAGAAUGGGCCUCGUAAUAAGAAUAGCACCAAGACUGCUAACAUACAAAAUAACAUAAGCGAUGUGACUGCUGGAAUCAGACGCUCAUCAGCAGACAAUCAUAAAGUGUCUGCAGCAACAGUAAAUGGAAGCUUUACCACCACAACAAAUACUAACACCAAAACAACUGCAUCACAUAGUGGAACAGGUCAACCUAACGGUCGUAAAUCGCACGUUGACUGUUAUGAAUACAUGGAAGUAGGACCAUCCCCUCCUGCCGAGGGCGCACCGAAUCUAUACGAUAGCUACGACGAAAGUUACUCCGAAUCCAGUGCCCAACUCUGUAAUGACAUCAUCCGUAUAUCGCUCACAGAGCAGAUGCGGCUUGCAGGUGGUCGAGUGGCAUUGCUUGAAAGUUUCGAACUCGACCUCACACUUGAUUGUGCGGCAGUCGAGCAUCUGCUGAAUGGAACAACAACACUCGCAACAUCAGAGUCAGCAACGAAUACCUCAACUACAAUCUUUCCCACUAACAACAGUAUCAGCGUUGGAGGACAACAGCUUGAAAAAAAUAUCUGCUUUCUGUGGGCGGCAUUUCUACGAAAGUUUCAUCUACUUGAUCAGUGUGUCCGACUCGGUGCCGAUAUCAACUUUUGCGACAGUAAUGGUUUAACAGCGCUCCAUCUCGCAUCUUUCAGUGGGUGUACUGAAUGUUGCGCAUUUCUGAUUCAGCAUGGACUAGACGUUAAUAUGCAACCUAAAUGGUACACUCCAUUACACUGUGCCGCAUUCAGUAAUUCAUUAGCUACCGCUGAGCUUCUAAUUAAAAAUGGUGCUCGCAUUGACGUGCCAACCAACAAGCAACACUGUGAAGAAUCGUUGCUUCACUGUGCCGUACGUUCAAAUGCUAUCGACUGUCUUCGAUUCUUCAUAGCCCACGGUUCAAAUGUAAACGCACUGGAACGUAAUGGAACGAACCCAAUCCAUCUUGCCGCCGACCUCGGCCACACCCAGUGUCUUGCUGCUUUGCUAGAGUGUCCGAAUGCCGAUCCCAACAUCCGUAUUCAGCAAGGGGAUAAGCAGAUGACUGCGUUGCACCUUGCCGCAGACGAGGGUAAUUUGGACUGCGUUACCCAACUGCUAGCACGAGGCGCGGACGUCCGCGCUCGUAAUCAUCGUGGUUUUACGCCGCUACAUUUGGCAGCUCGCAGUGGAAGUGCAGAUUGUGUCGAGGCCCUACUAAAACUUGGUGGAUGUGAUCCGAAUAUGGCCGAUUUCGAUCAACGUACGCCACUACACGCUGCAGUCAGCAAAUCCGAUACUGCCGUCGAAAUGAUUGAGACACUAAUUGCAUGGGGUGCUAAUGUCAACCAGCGCGAUGUGUACGGAUUUACCGCACUGCAUCUUGCGGCAUUAGACGCACUAGGUCCUUGCGUAGAAACAUUGCUUUACCACGGUGCGGAUGUCACAAUGAAAUCCAGGAAGGGAACUAGUGCUCUCAACAUUAUAAGUCGUAAAACUCCGGCAUCUCUAGGAGUCAUACAAUGCAAACUUGAUGCUGCUAUCACUCUGACACACUCCCAGGAUUCAUCCAGCCGGGAGGUGGAAUUAGAACUAGAUUUUCGCAGUAUCCUGCAACAUUGCCACCCAAGGGAAAUUAGCUAUCUAAAUACAUUUGUGGACGAUGGACAAAAGGAAUUUUUGCAACAUCCGCUCUGCUCAGCUUUUCUCUACAUUAAGUGGAACAAAAUACGCAAAUACUACAUCGCGCGAUUGCUUUUCUGUUUCACAUUUGUGCUCUUUCUAACACUGUACGUGCUCACAGCACUAGCGCAUAAUUGCUAUAACGGCAGCAAGGACAUGAAGGAAACUAUUCAGGAACAGGAGCUUUGUCAAAAACAAUCCAUCUUUGGAGAUAUGCUACGCAAUAACCCAUUCGUGAUUGAGAUGCAAUGGAUGGUUCUAGUGGCAAUCACAGCAAUUGAAAUUUGUCGUAAGAUCUAUGGUAUCACUGGCUAUACUUCGUUAAAACAUUACGUAACACAAACAGAAAAUGCGAUCGAAUGGUUCAUCAUACUGAGCGUAUUUGUUAUCUCUUAUAUCUACACUAAAAGGACCUACACUUGGCAGAAUCAUGUAGGAGCCUUUGCAGUAUUGCUUGGUUGGACGAAUCUGAUGCUUAUGAUCGGUCAGUUACCCGUUUUCGGUGCGUAUGUCGCUAUGUAUACCAAAGUGCAGGUUGAAUUUGCCAAACUUUUCAUGGCCUAUUCAUGUAUGUUGAUUGGCUUCACAAUCAGCUUUUGUGUCAUCUUUCCAUCUUCUUCUUCAUUUGCUAAUCCUUUCAUGGGAUUUAUCACUGUACUAGUGAUGAUGACGGGGGAACAAGACCUUGAAUUACUGAUCAAUGAUCCUGAUGGCAAGGAUCCACCGUUUCUUCUUGAAAUUAGCGCUCAGAUUACUUUUGUGCUGUUUUUAUUGUUUGUCACAGUCAUUCUGAUGAACUUGCUCAUUGGUAUAGCUGUGCACGAUAUACAAGGAUUGAAAAAAACGGCCGGUCUUUCAAAAUUAGUCCGGCAAACGAAACUGAUUUCCUACAUCGAAUCUGCUCUUUUUAAUGGUUGGCUACCAAACUGGCUGCGCAAUUUACUUUACUACACGGCGCUGGUCUCGCCACAAGCUUACCGUGUUGUGUUAAGCGUCAAACCUCUCAAUCCCGGUGAAACAAGACUUCCCCGGGAUAUUAUGAUGGCCGCAUAUGAGGUAGCGAAGCAGAAAAAACACUAUGUCAGAAAGAGUUUCUCAACACUACGUCGUGAUGUGUCUUACGAUACUCAAAAAAACGCACUAAUAGUGAAUGGGAUGCAGUCAAAAACGUACAAACGCACAGAUAGUAGAUGUAGUGUAUCCAACUGUCGCCGAGCUGCUAACACAGGAAUGGGAGUAGCCAGCGCAAAUAACGAUCAUACAGCAAAGUUUGGAUACGUCUAUGACACACCAUCGCUGUAUGGUCUCACCAAUAAGCUAGACGAACAUAAUGACUAUAUUGGUAACAUUGCAACAGAGAUUGCAGAAUUACGAUCAACAAUCGAGGAGAAUCAGCAGAUGCUGCGGCAGGUGCUCGAAUUACUAAGCAAAAGUCAAACACACAUCAUUCAAUCGAAUCAAUUAUAAUACCGGUUGAAUGUGGUGAUAACGUCAUCUUCACACCGUCCAGCAGAAGGUGCAUCUGCUAUAUAGUGUUGUAUGGCGCUACUCUCUAACCUGAAGAGGACUUUCUUUGAUUUUUUUAUAAGCUAAAACGUACACGCAAUUGCGUUCGUUUAUACAGUAUCCGCAGUGACGUCAUUUAGAUGUGAUUUUCCAUAGAAUAUAGUAGAUAGCUAUAGCAGUGUUACUCAGUUUUCAAAUUUUUAAUCACAAAUAGUAUCAUCAUUACCACAAAUAAUAGAACAGAUAAUAACUACACUGUCAUACCUGUUCUGCAUCAAAUUACAGUAGGUGACCGCUAACUGAGAGGUAAACAAGCUCCAGUUAACGAACAAUGUUCGCUAACUGGAGUGACGUUUC